AUGCGGCUGAAUAAUAAUGUGACUGAGUUUAUUCUACUUGGGUUGACCCAGGAUCCAGUUAGAAAGAAGAUACUGUUUGUCACUUUCUUGAUGUUCUAUUUGGGGACCUUGUUGGGGAACUUUCUCAUUAUUACUGCCAUCAAGAUGAGCCGGGCACUUGGGAUUCCAAAGUACUUCUUCCUUUUCCUUUUGUCCUUAUCUGAUACCAGCUUCUCUACUUGUGUAGCCCCUAGGAUGAUUAUGGAUGCCCUUUUGAAGAAGGCCACUAUCUCUUUCAGUGAGGGCGUAGUCCAAGUUUUUUCAUUCCAUUUCAUUGGCCGCCUGGAGAUCUUUAUCCUAAUCCUCAUGGCUGUUGAUUGCUAUGUGGCCAUCUGCAAGCCCCUGUGCUACACAAUCAUCAUGAGUCAUCGAGUCUGUGGUGUGUUGGUGGCUGUGGCCUGGGUGGGGUCCUGUGUGCAUUCUUCAGCUCAGAUUGUCCUAGCCCUGAGCCUACCUUUCUGUGUUCCCAAUGUGAUUGAUCACUAUGUUUGUGACUUGCAACCUUUGUUGAAACUUCCUUGUACAGUCACCUAUGUGACCAACCUACUCUUGGUGUUGAGCAGUGGGGCCUUCUGUGUAGUGGGUUUUGUCAUGCUGAUGUUCUCCAGUGUUAUCAUCUUGCAUUCUUGGAGGAACCACAGUGCUGAAGGGAGGAAAAAAGCCCUUUCCACCUGCAUCUCCCACAUCAUCGUGUUCAUGUUGUUCUUUGGUCCUUGCAAAUUUAUGUAUACAUGCCCUGCAACCACCUUCUCCAUGGAUAAGGUGAUAGCUGUGUUUUAUACACUGGGAACAUCUUGGAUCAACCCUCUGAUUUACACACUGAGGAAUGAAGUGAAAAAUGCCAUGAGGAUGUUAUGGAAUAAGAACUUGUUCUCAGAUGACAAAAGAUGA